AAUGCGGAAGUAAACAGUGGCAGGUCCAUGUUGGUCCAUGUGGAGGGAAACCAGGGAAACCCAGCGAUGGCACCGGUGGAGCGCUUUGUCAGCCCCGGGAAAGGGAACGGCCUGCGGGCAACAGCCCGGAUCCGGAGAGGAGAGCUGGUCACAUCUGCGGAGCCGCUGGCGUGUUGCGUCUCCAGGAAACAUGCCAGAUCCGUCUGCCAUCACUGUUUCACCAGACAGGAGACUUUGUUGAGAUGUUCUCAGUGCAAAAUGGCUCGCUACUGCAAUAGCACUUGCCAGAAACAAGCGUGGUCCGGUCAUAAGAGAGAGUGUAAAUGUCUCUGCAGCCUCCGGCCUAGACUUCCUACUGACUCAGUCUGCCUCGCUGCAAGACUCAUUUUUGCCUUGUUAAGUCCUUCUCGGAACAGCAGCGAAGAGCUAUACACAUUUGAUGAACACGAAUCACACUUGAAUUCAAUGUCUGAGGAGAAGAAACAAGGACUGUCUCAACUGGCCUUGAUGUUAGAGUUGUACAUAAAACAAGAGGUUCCUGACCUGACGCAGGAAAUAACUCCAGCACUUCCACUUUCCUGCCGAGAAGCCAUCAGCGUGAUUGCAAAGGUGACAUGUAAUUGUUUUACCAUCAGUGAUAGGGAGCUUCAAGAGAUUGGAGUGGGGCUGUAUCCAAGUUUAUCUCUGUUAAACCACGACUGUAGGCCCAACUGUGUAAUGAUGUUUGAGGGAACAAAGCUGCAGCUCAGAGCUGUCCGGGACAUCAACCCUGAAGAGGAGCUGACUAUAAGUUACGUUGAAUCGUUGUCCCUGACUGGAGAGCGACAGGGGCAGCUGGAGGACCAGUACCAUUUCACCUGCCGUUGCCAGCGAUGUGACUCCCAAGAAAAGGAUGGACUCAUGCUGUCUGGAGAAGAAGCGACGUGGCGCCGGCUAAAAGAAGCUCGUCUGAGACUGGAGGGACUGAAAGCAGAGUCCAACUGGGGAGAACUGUUGGAGGGCUGUCGUCACCUGUUGACAAAUGAUGCAGGUGAAGUUCCUGAUGAAAACCUCCACAAGCUCAGGAUUACAGACCUGGCUUUAGAUGCUUCUGUUCACCUUGGACACUGGGAGGAGGCUCUGACGUACGGCGUGAAGACACUACCAGCAUACGGACUAUACUUUCCAGAUCCACAUCCGGUUCAUGGGAUUCAGCUGAUGAGGAUAGGAAAGCUGCAGCAUUUCCUGGAUCACACUGAGGAGGCUUUGGAUACAUUCAAACAGGCUUUUAAAAUCAUAAAGUUGACUCAUGGUGGAGAUCAUCCCUUGACAAAUGACCUGAUGAUGAAGAUGGAGGAGUGCCGUUGUGAAAUGCAUCACCAAUCAUCCAGCACACAUUAAGUCACAGAUUUAAGGAGCUGCUAUAUGGAAAUAAUAAAAAAAAAU